UUGCUGUUCAUUCUGAUUGGCCGAGCGGACCCUCCUGCGGGCAGCAUGGCGGGCCCGCCAAGUUGCGGAGGCUGCUGACCGAUCAGAUUCCCACCUCGUCCGUCCGUCAACCUCCACUAGCCAACAUAAGGAGAAAUUUGCAAAGCCUCCACCAGGCUCAUCGAGGUUAUCAAAGCAACUAGUAUGAAUCCACCGAGUUAUCAACCCACUUUGGCGUGUGUUACCUGCAAGUCCCGCAAGAGAAAAUGUGACAAAGCUCUCCCAAAGUGCUCUCUUUGCACCAGCGUCCACAAUCCCGUCACUGGUCCCACACCGCCGCCAAACAACUUCCCAGCGGUCUUCUAUCUAGAUUGGAACAUUUUCCAACGAUGCCAAGUAGAGAUACCAAAGCCCAAUUUGCCCCUUCCAACAAAUAUCUCAAAUCUCAUCGGCAAUGCAGAGAAUUGGGAGAACAUCGCCACCGAGCACUUCUCCACAACCCACACGUGGAUGCCAAUCGUCUCAAAGAAGAGCUUUUAUGAAUAUAUUCGCAACCCCUCAAGUCAGAUUCGCUCAGACUACGCGCUUCUGAUCCUUGUUAUGGAUCUGGUUUGCUGGAUUCCCGAGACCAAUGAUCCGAGAACGUCGACUUACUUGGCCGCCAAAUCUUUUUACCUGGACCUGGAGAUUCAAGGAUUGGUUUCGCUCCAGAUUUUGCAGGCCGCGAUACUGAUUGCGUUUUUCGAAUUCGGACAUGCGAUUUAUCCAUCCGCUGCCGUCUCGAUCGAGGCAUGUGUGAGGUAUGGAUGCGCUUUGGGAAUUAAUUGGGAUGCCAAGUUCCCAGUGAAGAGGCCGUUCUCUUGGGUAGAUGGCGAUGAGCAGAAUCGUGUUUGGUGGGCGGUCGUCAUUCUAGAUAGAAUAGGCUUUCCACCUCGCCCAUUGUGGACUGGUGACCCAACUCCAGAGUCUAUCUUACCGUCCGAUGAUGGAGCUUGGGAUCAAGGAGUGCUUCAGCCUGAUAAUCCAAGAAAACUUGGGCGGUUUGCCCUCAAAGCGGAAGCAACCCGAUUGCUCGGCCAAGUCAUUAAGCAUGUAGAAGCAACUGAUUUCGAGGACACGUUUCACAAGGAGGAAGCGCUUCUCUUGGACGGCGCUCUUCGAGCCUUAGUCAACGUUACGGAGUUCGAGGGACAGAGCCACAGCCUUGAUGUCAUGAAUCAAACUGCAAUGUGCUCCAUGUAA